CCCGCUUUGAAUUCCAUUCUUUUUUGUUGUUUUGCUUUGAAAAAGUUUCCGUUUUUCUGAUGUCUCUUCUUUUUUUUUAUCUUCUGAAUCAGCUAUUGUAAGAUACAAACCUUCUUCUUCCCUUCUUUGUUACCGUGCCUUAGUUACUGGAGUUAUGAAGUUUGGGUCGCAAUUAAAAGACGUUAUAUAUCCCGAAUGGUGUGAUUAUUACAUGGAUUAUGAUGGUUUGAAGAAACGUUUGAGAAAAGCAGAAAAAGAUAAACCUUUUACAGAAAAAGAUGAAACAGACUUUGUCGAGUUAUUAGAUAAUGAAUUGGAAAAGGUCUAUGCCUUUCAUCAACAAAAGAUGGAAGAGAUUAAAAAGGGCAUAGAUGAAUGGGACGCAAAGAUCAGCAGUUUAAUUCCUAGUCAGGAUAACAUUACGGAAAUGAGUUUUGUCCAAAAAAACAUCAAUUAUAUUGCAGACGACAUCAACCGACUUGCUCGCUAUUCUCGAAUCAACUAUACUGGCUUUUUAAAGAUUGUCAAAAAGCAUGAUCGACAUACUGAAUAUGUUCUGCGUCCCAUGUUCAUGGUGCGACUCAAUCAAUGCCCCUUUUGGAACGAAGACAACGAUAGUUUAUUGAUCAAAUUGUCAGAACUCUUUUCUAAAGUGCGACAAGGCGGCAUGACCAUGUCCUUCAAACCCACCUCUCAAACAAUGACGCAUAUGGAAGAGCAGACACAAGAUGGACGGCGUAUGGUCAUCAAGCGCUUCUUCGUACAAACUGAAAAUGUGCUUGAGUUGAAAACUUACGUUUUACGUCAUUUGCCUGUCUUGGUUUAUCAUGACAAUUCGAAAAAGCAAGAUGAUAUUGAUCCUCCUAUUUCCUCUCUGUAUCUGGAUAAUGCAGAAUUAGAUUCUUACACAUCGCGUGUCGAAUCAGCAGAAGGUUCCCAAAUAAUUCGUUUGCGUUGGUAUGGUAGUGCUGAGAAUAACAAAGCGAUCACUUUUGAACGCCGUAUUCUGGCCGAUGAAAACUAUGGUGAAGCCAAAGACAAAUUCAUCAUUAAGGAUAAAUAUGUGGAUGGAUUCUUGAAGGGUGAUCAAACCUUCAUUGACAAAUCAGUAACGAAAAUGCGAAAUAGUGGAAGGUCGGCAGAGGAAGUGAAGGAGCAUGAACAAUUUAUGAAAGAUGUACAAAGUAUCAUCAUGAAAAAGGAAAUGGUACCAGUGUUACGUACUUAUUAUCGUAGAACUGCUUUCCAAAUCCCUGGUGACAAUAGUGUAAGAAUGGCUUUGGACACUGAUUUGUGUUUUAUAAGAGAAGAUUCGCAAUUAUUCCCUGAUGAUCCCACCGUCCGUCGACCUGAAAAUCACUGGCGCCGACCUGAUGUGGAUAUCAAUUUCCCAUUUGCCGAUCUAAAGAACGAAUCUGAUAUCAACCGUUACCCUUUUGCCACGUUUGAGAUUAAACUCGAAUUAGCACCACAUCAAAAAGAGCCGGAAUGGAUCGUAGAUUUAGAAGAAAGUGGUAUACUGGAAGAAGCUUUCGACUUUACCAAGUUCGUUCAUGGUAUUGCAGUCAUGUUUGAUACCCGAGUUCCUUUAUUACCUUAUUGGUUGGCCCAAAUGGAUAAUGAUAUUCAACAGAUCACAGAGAAUUUACCCACCUCGACAACAACGGAAGAACAGGGACAAUUGAGAAAUCAAAAAGGAGAAGAUAUACCAGUGAUGUUAAAAAAUCAACAACAACAACAGCAGCAGCAGCAACAGCAACAGCCAUCUGCAUCUAAUGAACGUACUUCUUUAUUAGGUGCUAGUGGUACGGCAUCUUCCUACAUGGGCACAUACGAUGGCUACGCUUCCUCCUCUACCAUCACGGAAUCCCCUUCUCUUGAGCGCGAACAACAAGAAAGCUUCUACUCACGUUGGGUUGAAAAUAUCGGUACCAUUUUUAAUAGAUGCAUAAGUAAAUUUGACAGACAAUCAAGAGAACAACGUGAACAACGAGAGAGACAGUUGAAUGCUGCUCCUGUUAUUUUACCGCCCGGUGUCAAGAUCCCUAAGAAAGUAAUAACCCCUCUUCGUGUCGAGCCAAAGGUCUUUUUCGCAAACGAACGCACAUAUUUCUCUUGGAUGUCCUUUGGCACUUUAUUAUCUACGUUUUCACUUGCGUUAUUCAAUGCUGGCGAUGCUGUAGGUAAACUGAGCGGUAUUGUGUAUACUUUGGUAUCGGUGUCUACCCUUAUGUACGGUAUGGGUUUAUAUUAUCGACGACGUGAGCUAAUUCGAAACCGUGCUGAGGGCCCUUAUGAUGAGCUUGUCGGCCCGACACUGAUAUGCUUUGCUUUGAUGUUUGCCGUUGCUUUGAAUGCUUAUCUCAAAUUUACUGUUAAAUCUCCCUCAUUAUUAUAUUUCUAAUUGUGUACAAAAAGGAACUGGAAUAUUAAUAUUAAUACUGCUAACAUAUCAUACGAAUUAAUAAAGAGAAAAAAAGAAACUAAUUGCAACUACAAAAGAAAGUCGUUUUUGAGGUAGUUGGAUUGCUUCGUUUUUUAUUUGUUA